AUGAACACCUUGCACUCUGGGAUCAAUUUUCUGCUGUUGCUACAUACCGCUUUUGGACAUUCAAAUCAACAACAAUCUCAAGAGGAACCCUUGUCGGAAAUAAGUUGGUCUGAGUUGCACUCAACUCUCGUUACUCAACAACACCAAGCUCAGCAAUUUGCCCAAUCCACAGCUUUGUUCAAGGAGCUAGCUUCCGUUUUGGAUAAAAUGUUGAAAUCGGAUGAUUUUGAGGCUAGAGUUCUCAUCGAAAUCCGCAAAUUGAUUUCUCGUUUGGGCUCAGAGAAAAACGAAACCGAACAGUUUUUGAAAAGAAUGGAGAAACAACGAUUGGCCAUUUCGAACAAGAAAGAUGAGCAACUACGUGAAAAGAAACGGUUAGAAGAUGAGGAUGAAGAGGCGUCGAGUGAAGAAGAAAAUGAAGGCAACCAACAUGAGCGCGGAUCUAGAGUGAUUAGAGGAUGGUCAUUUCUGCAUCGAGCAGCUAACGAUCAGAUGAAUUCUGCAGAGAAUUUGAAGACAACCGGUGAAAAACUCGAGCGUGAAGAUCCUGAAGAUCUUCAAGACUCUGAUGAGAAAGACGAUGAAACUCGAGUCGCCAUCGAAGAGCUCGACGAUAGAGUGAAGAAUUUGGUUUCGAUGCUCGAAGAGAUCUCGACCAUUUACGACGAAACAAAUGAUUUGGACAAGCAGCUGAAUGAAUGGCUUCUCUUUUUGAACAAGAUCUUACCACAUGGAAUGGAAAUCGGAAAAGAUCUUGAUCUUGACAAUGAGAAGCUCAUCGAGAAAAGCCUCAAAGAGCUCAAGCACAAACUGAAUAAGAUGACUAAAAAGAAGCAUGAAACCAAAGCA